AUGGAAGAUGUCUGUAGUAGGCACAAAGCUUCCGUGGCAUCCGUUCUUGGUCACCUGUGCACCCACGAUCCCCAACAACAGCCAAGUGAAGCUCGUGACAUAAUUUCUGAGAUUGUUACCUCUGUAACCGUGAAGAAAGGAGUGAAGAGAGGGCUCCAAACGCUUGUCCCUGAUGUUUUGCAGCAAUACAUGCAACAAUUCCGUGUCCCUGACUGGGUGCUUCUUUAUUUCAAACUUGAAGCCAAAGUUCCGGAUGAAGGAUGGCAGACAAUGAUAAAUCUGACGAAACUGGGAAGAACAGGGGUAAGCUAGAGUGAAUUGAUUAUUUUGCUACCAAAUCUAUUCUUUGUAAUUUAUAAGGGGGAUGGGGUGGGGGCUGGAUCAGAUAUAAAAUGUUUGGAAUAGACUUAAUGACUCUGUGUUAUAACCAUUCCCAAAGGAUUCCAGUGAUAAGGUAUUAUUACCGGCAUUUUAAUAAGGGUGGGAUGGAUUUCGCUGAAUAUACUGAAGAUUAGUUAUACCUUAUUCUAUUUUUAGUUAUGAGGUAAUUAUAGUUACAUGUAUAUCUGAGUAAUUUUGCUAAAAGGUGGGCCCGCUUGGCUUUCCCUCAAGCCAGGGAGCAUGGCACCUUUCUAGGCGUCAGCAGGGAGCCCAGGUCCAGACUGUGGCUGGGUGGCUUUCUUGUUUUGUGUCAAAACCAGGGGGGUAGGGAGGGGAGAUUUUGUCACUUUGAUUAUAGUUUCAAGUCAGAAAGCAGUGCAGCCAAAUUAAUGCUGUGACUUAUAAUCAUAACACUACUAACAGAGCUUGGGGGAAGUUAUUGACUAGUCAUAAGCUUCAUGGGUGGGAAGGGUGAUUAGUUGCUCCUUGGACUUGGCUGUCUAGGGACUCAGUACAGGCACCUUGUAAGAAAUUCACACAGAUAUAUAUUUUUAGUUUAAGUUAAUCAUUAUAAUGAUUAUAAUGUUAUUGUUACUUCAAGUCUUUUCGCACAUGUGUACAUACUUACAUCAUUGAUCAUUGCAUACAUAAAUAUAUGUACUUUAUUGAAUAAAGUGUUCCUCCCCCCCCCUCCCCCAUCUAACUGCUCCCCAACAGCGUUUUUUAAAGGAUGAUUCUAAAACAACAAAAACUUCUUGGGUGAGACAAUAAACAAAUUGUAUGUUUUAUUGACAGAAAGGUAAUGAUGGUAACAUUUUGCUCAACAAGAAUCAAAUCAAGGCAGUUCGCAGAAUGAUAUUCACCAUAGUGAAGAAAACCCUCGGUCUUUGCGAAACCCCUAAACCUUUAAAAGGAAGACAGGUUGACCUGAAGAACGUUCUGGCAUGGAUGAUUCGAGAGCAGCGGCUGCAUGGUUUAGACAAUGAUGAGGUGGAUACCAAUCUCAAGCUUGAUGGCAGACCAUUUUGGGGUAAUUAUCAGUAGCCUAAAUUUUCAACACCUCUGUUAAUUUGAUUUCAUUGGAGUAAGGUGGGUCCUUCCUUCACUAUUUUUUGUUUUGGUUUUAUUUUUGGGUAUGUGCAUUUGUAUAAUAUUUGACAAAUUGUAUAAUUAAAUUACCUGAUUAAGGGAACUUCAACAUUAACUUUGUUUCAGGAAAAUCUCAAGUAUUGGCUGGUCUUACGCCAAUUGACACCCCUUUCACAUCAAGCCAAAGCUGCAAAGCAGUCUAUCCUCUCGCAAUAGCCAACUGUACAGAAACAAGGUCUGUAUCUAUAAAAUAUAGCAUUUACAAAGGAAAAAUAUGGCAGUUAAAAAAUAGGUCAUAAUUAAAUUGAUGAUACAUUACCCUGCAGUUUUCUUACAGGAAUAAUAAUAAUAAUAAUAACAAUAACAACAAUAACAAUAAUGCAGAGAUAAAAAUUAUUCCUGCCAUUGCUGUGCUCCUUUUUAUUAGUCAUGGGUAGUUUCAGUAUCUUUAUAGAAUUAAUUUGUGCAAAAGUCUUAUUUUCUUUUACUUAUUUAUUAAGAAAUUCAAUUAAUAAUAUUGUUGUCAGUUACAAUAUUAUGUAUAUCAAUCAGUCUGAGAAGCCCAGAUUCCAUUAUGCACUCAGUGAUAAUAUUAAUAAAUUUUUGUCUUCCUUUUUAUUUUCCCUGACUAAAUAAUAACCCUGACUAUGAAUCAUUUUUAAUAUUAAUUUUAAAAAUCAUUGUUAACAUUUUUAAAAUAAUUAAGAAUGAAUCAAAGUUGGGGGAUUUUUUGUGAUGAACGUCACAAAAAAAAAAAAAAAACAUUGAAAGCAUAGUUGGAUCCAAGUGUUCAGUACCUCUAAACUAUCAUGAUUAUAUAUAACAGUUAAGGAGUUCUGGGAGGAAUAAUUUGUCACCAUUUCCUCAGGAGAAACCUGGAAUUGCUACUGAGAGACCUCACUGCACAAAAAAAGCACAUUGAAAAACAUGGCCUAACAGUUGAUGGCAAGCACUACAAAAUUAAAUUUACGGGUGUGUAUCCUCUUAUUCUAUUUCACCACUAUCUCUGUCACCAGAUUUCCUCAAGAGAGUUGUAAUGGAAUAUUCCUGUUAAUAUCAACAUCCAUAUGUGGUACAAUAGAAACCACACUCUACGGGUUUUCACUAGCUACCAAAAUUAAGGACUCAUGGAGCAACAGUUCUAAUUAUUACUUCAUUUUCAUUUAAUUACCUUUCUAGAAAAUAAAUACUUUAUGAUUGUAAUUCAUGGGUCCUGCUUAAAAUAUGUGUAUUUAAAUAAUAUGGCUUUUAGUACUUAUGUUCAACCUGUUUUACCCUUUUACUACUGUAAAGAUUGUUUUCAUCACAGUUAGUCAACAAAGCUUCAACUGCAUGACUGAUGAUAUUUAAGACUUUUCAUCAUGAUGCUCUUAAGACAGUGUAACUCAUGCAGUUACCUUCAUCUAAUCUGUAAAUGGCUUGUUUUAGUAUCAUAUGAUAAGGGACUGCUCUUUUAACAACAGUUACAGCUGACUACAAAGCUCUUUUGCUCUGCACACAAAGAAAAACUGGUGAGGAAGUCAAGUUGGGCGGGCAUGGAAAAGGAGUAGAAGCCUGCCUUUUUUGUACAGCAAUCCGGGUGAGUUUAGUAGUAAAGAAAUUCAAGAAUAACCAACAGCUGUAUUUGCAAUGGUUUAUUUUUACCUUUUAUGAUUAAUUUGUCUUUAUUUUCCCUUUUUGUCUAAUGGCAUAAAGGGGGUAUGAUGCUUGGGGAUUAUACAAAUAAUUUUAAAUAUAAAUAAUAUUAUUUUCUUAAGUACAAGCUGGGCAUGGUUGAAUAUGGAUAACAAAGGUGUGUUUCACUUUGUUAGGACAGAACUAAAACAAAGUCAGUCGUAAGUAAUAGGCUGAGAAUAAUGAUACAUACCAUAUAACGAUAAUAUAAUAAUACAAUCUGAUUGUUUUUGUCAGGGUUGCAACUGCAAGGGGGUUCCUGCAAAUGAAACGUGUGCUGAGUGCUUUUUAAAGGCCAAGGGGAACAUUGGAAAGUAAGAUAUGACUUGAUAUAAAUAUUAUAAUCAAAUAAACUGUUUUGUAUGGAUUUUGGAUUUUAAUAAAGUAUAUAUAACACUUUUUUCUUUCACAAUAGACUCCAUGCAAAAAUGGGCAUUACUUUGAUAUUCUUCUUUUGGUAUUUAAAUCAGCCUCACUAACCUUGCUUCAGAUAAGAUAUUACUUGGAAUUUUAAACUUGAAAACGAGGUAAGUGAGGCUGAUUUUAAUUAUAUCAACAAUUAUUAUAUAUUAUUUAGCAUACUAAUACAACAGGUAUCAUUAUUUUAUCACCUUGUCAAUGUAGGUGGACGGGUGUGAGAGAUGAUCUGUUAAUCUUCUUCGAUGUUGAAGUUUCUGAUGUUAAUCUCUGUGCCCUCCACUGUGAGCUUAGAAACACAGAGCAACUUCUUGCAUCCCUGGGCCUCACUGCACACAGAUGUGGAUCACUAAAGGAAUGCAACCUCGUGUUGUCCGAAUAUGGGCCAGAAACAAUGGUUAAAGAUCGCAUCGUUGUAAAGCUGAAGGAAGGCCAACAAACAGAUGUAGACAAACACAACAUCAAAGUUAGAUCAUUUUCAGGUACCUGAGUGAUGUAUUUUUUAAGUUUAACAUGUGGCAUAAUGUUAUGAUGCAUCUUUUUCAUUAUCGAUAAUAAUUACUUUUUAUUUUUACAAUUCAAAUCAUUUGUGACAUGGGCUGAGUCCUUAUUCACUUGAAUGUUCUGAUCAUGGUUUUUAACACAGGGCCUGAAUGGCCAAAAUGCAAUACAAAUGUAAAAAAAAAAAAGAAGUGCGCAACAUAUGUGCAUAACACAAAAUGUGCAUAACACAAAAUAUGAAGGAAAGAAUUCGGAAAAGAAUAAAUUGUUGCUGUUGGGUUUUUAGUAAAAAAGGACUUAAAGUACCCAAGGUAUAGGAAAGACAUGUGGCCUACAGUGGGGGGUAGAAUUAUAACAAAGAACCCUGCAUAAUCAGUAAACAGAUGCAAGUGCCAGUGAGUUCCAACAUACUUCCCCAUAUUUUCUUUAAACCAAAUCUUUAUUAUUAGCAGAAACAUCCAUAAGGCAGCCAGUAGCAUUAGAGUCACAAUUGGGUGUCCACUCAUACAGGUUUCAAUAAAGUAUAUACUGUAGAUUUACAGUAAGUUACAUAAUUAUAUACAGACGGCUGUUUAGUCUUCCUUAUUUAUGCUAUAAAUAUUUAACUUCAACAGUAAUGCUAUAACAAGAAUUAAUGUGACUUUACAGACUAAUGGAUUUUUACCUAAUUUUAUUUGCAGGCAACACUGAACAGGCUUUCUUAAACAACUAUGAAGACAUAGUGGAUUCUGCCUUGCCAGUUCAAAAGGUCAUGGAUCUUUUUCCAGACAAGGAAGCUGCUGAGGAUUCUGUUCUUGCUAAAAUAUCUUACUGUGAAGAAAGAACAGAGGUUUGUUUAACUUCAUUCUACUGUGAUAUAUAUUAUCUUAUACACUGAAUAUUGUCAAUGAGGGGCACUUUUCAUGUUCACAUGUAUAUUAUAUAAUCACCACAAUCAGGAAAUAUUAGAGUACAACUAAAUAGUGAAGUAUGACCUUCAUUAAGGCAAUAAUAAUGAAAGUAAGUCAUAGAAUGUUGUCCCAGAUUAGUUACAGCUACAAUACACUGACAAUCAGUCUUUUUAUGUUAACUGUUUCUUGCUAUUAGUAUUACAGAAACCUACUUGAGAGUGGUGAAUUUCAACGGGACAAUGGAGCAGAGGGCUUGGAAACUGUUCCUAUUGCUGGCACAGGUGGGGAAAGACUUCAUAUAUUUACCCUGCAAUUGGCAAAAUAGAAGCACAAUAUUUAGCUGAAUCUGGCAUUACGACCUGUAUACACUUUCAACAUUCCAGUUUAAUUAAAAAAAAUCCAUGUUAGAAAUAAUUUUCCAUUCAAGGCCCAGUUGUCUGCAUUCUGGUUAGCAUUAAACUACAGUAGGUUUCUUUAUCUUUUUAUCAAAAGCACUCUCUCGGGUAAAUUUCUUUAUUUUUUUUAGAGUAUCCAAUCAUCAAUUGUAGGCAAAGAGUAUUAAACUCUAAUAUUCAAAUUUUGCAGUAACCCCGAGUUAUCUUAACCUGGCUUCAAACAACCUGGCCCAAAAGUCAUCAGCUAUCUGGCCUACAGCUGCAUAGCUUAUGAUGAAAGAAAUUUAGUGCUUUGUUAUUUUCAGUCUGCCUCAUUUACCUUUUGGUAAAUUAAUGUUAGUUUUUUUCUAUAGAUCUUGAAGAAUAUUUACACGAAAAAAAGAAAUUCUGGGAACAAUGCUCUAAAGACCUAGAGGACAAGUACACUAACGCUGAACAAGCUGACAACGCACUUGCAUUGCGCCAAUACGCUGCAGAACUGGAAAUUUUAAGAUACAAAGAGGUUUGAAACAGUUCACUAUAAAUUAUAAUCUAUUUAAUUUAGUAGUUCACAUGAAUGUGGCCUAGUAUAUUGGUAACAUCAAUAUAGUAUUAUCGGCCUGCAGCAAUGAUAUGAAGCAAUCUUAAUUUAGUUAUAAAAAUGUUGAUUUUGUUAUUGUGCACUUCAGGUGUUCUCUCAGUGGAAAGAUAUUGCUUCAGUUAUACGCCACAGAGUGUUUAAGGAUGAUGAAGAUUAUGAAAUUGAUAAAUAUGAUAUCCAGGUAACAACUUAUAAAGUCACUAUUGAAUUUAUAGUAAUUUAUAAUUUAUAGUAUUAUGUAACUUGACUUAAAUGCCUGUAAUGUUUAACACCUGAGUGCUUUUAUUUCAUCCCAAACAGUGCAAAGAGUGGGGAUUUCUUUGUCGUGAACUAUUUGGCCUAGGACUUGGUACAGGUGACUAUGGGCAUAUGACCAUUGAACACAGUCCAAUGCUCAUGCGUCGCUUCAAGUCAAUGGCACGAUACUCAAACCAAGGUUUUGAAGCAGCACACAAAGUUCACAGGCAGCUGUAUGCUCAUUGCACAAAUCAUGAUUCAACGGCAUCUGAGUCAUCAAGUGAGUGGAUUUAGAAGUCUAUAAAACAAACUUGGAGCAUGUGGAAUAUGGCCUUAAGUCACUAUAUGGAUUUGAAUAGAGCCGAAUUACUUAACAGGAAGUCUCUCAGACCUUUUCCAAGCACACCUGUAAUAUUGCUACAAUAUCUCUGCGAUUUUAUUACCCGUACAUUUGUUAAAUACUGACUGCUGAGUUAAUGCCAACAAAAGAUUGGUAAAUCAUAGUUCUGUUUGAACAAACUACAUAUUCUAUAUAUAAACCAUUUUAAUUACUAGUAAUAAAUACAGUGUAAAUAACCUUUUCCUGAAUAAAACAGAUCUUUGAAGAGAAACAGCACCAUUCAAAAAUUAUUCUACCUUCAUAACAUUACUACAUACAAUACAAUACAAAUUCUAUAAUAACCUCUAUAUUUCUUUCAAUAUUUUAGUUGAGCAGAUGUUCCUCCAUCGCUAUUCAACAAAGCUGUUGUAUCUCCGACUAUGCUUUCAGCAGGCAAAAAAGUGCUCUGGUUCAUCAGGUGAAUUUACAAAGCCAGAAUAAUGUUCUAAAUUUAAAAACAAAAUACAGAGGUGAUGUAUAUAUAAUACUUUGCAAUACAAUAAUUAACAUGUAAAAUUUUCAUUCUAAUAUUAUUAUAAAAAGCAAACCUGCGAUUUUAUGUACGAUACUCUACUUGCAAAUUAACCUCUUGCAUGUUCACACUAAUAAUCCAUUUUAAUUACCUUUCAAUUAGGAAAGAGCUUCUUCUUUCGUGGUUGUGGCUGGCCCUCUACUAAACCAAAGCCAGAAUGGUCCAUUGAGGAUAAAGCUUGGAUAGCAACAGUUAACAAGCUAAUGGACAACCUAUUUGGCAAAGACUACCUUGGUUAUCACUAUGACAAAAGCAAGGUCUGCUUUGUUAAUGAAGAGGACUUACCCGAUUUCGAGUACAACCAUGAUGAAUGGGAAGAUAGAUACUACCAAACCCUGAAUUGCACUCCACUGUCUCCUCGAUCCCCCUUAGCAAAGAGAGGCAAGAAAGGUGAAGAGUCACAGGCAGAGCAGAAGUUCAAACCUGCAAAAAGAUGCCUUUUCCCUGCUCCCAAAGCAAAUUCUUGUCCACUGCCAUCUGCAGUGAGUGCAAAACAGCAGUCCCAACCAACCCAGCAAAUUCAAAGCCCUGUCAGCAUACCAAAAUCACUAAAACCUGUGCAAGAACCUCUGAAGUUAUGCAUGUCACAAACUGCAACAAGGCAAGAGUUGUCACAGAUUAAACUGCCUCCAGUUACAAAUAUAAUCCGUGAGACAGAAGUUGUGCCUAUUUUUGGUAACUUUCAAGAGGACAAUCCUUACUCACUUAAGAGUCGUCCUUCUGAACACAUAAUGACAAUAGCACACAAGAUCAUUAGCACCUGCUCUGCACAGUUGAUAGACGGAAAUACCAUCCAGUUAGAUGAUGAGGAUGAUCCAAGUGGAGUCAAAAUUGGUACACUGGGAAACUUCGAUACUACUGGCAUUGACAUCCUUUUGAGAUACUGCUCCAUUGCAAAAAUGCAACACAACUUUAGAGAUGAAAUGGCAUGGCUCCAUUUCAACCCUGACAAGUUUAGUCUUGGAGAAACUGAAAUCAAAUACCUCUGCACCUUUUUUGAAAGCAGUCCCCAUGACCCAUUGCGUGUGGUAACUUCCCUUGAUGGAAUUAAUGUUGAUUUCAAAUCAGUCUCUACAUUGGUUGGUGAGCGUUACAUUGACAACUUUGUUAUUGAUUAUUGCUUGAAGAAGUCAUUAAUCAGUAGUCAGAAACAAACAAAGAGUACUAGUUCAAUUCUGUGUUUGCCAGCUGAAGCCUUGUCAUGGUUGGAAAAUCAAGAUUUGGACCCUAUCAAAACUGUCAUUCAAAAGGACCUCCACCAUCCAAAUGAACUUAAACUUAUCCUAAUGCCAGUACACAUGGAAGACAAACAUCACUGGGGCCUUGUCUGUGUUGACCUUGACAUGGUGGCUAUAUGGUAUGAUGAUGGACUCAAAGUUGCCCCACCAGAAAAUCUCUGUAACUCUGUGGGUACUUUGGUCAAGCUUUUGAGAGACAUGUUCCCAUCAGUUGCUGACAGAAUGGCACUUAAUCACUUUUCCACACAGCAGUAUAGGCGAAUAGGCAUGCCUCUGCAGAGACUUGAUGGUAAGACAGCUGGUGGUGGAAGCUGUGGGAUGGGAGUUAUAUUACUAGGUCAAGAUAUCAUCGUUGAAGAGAGAGUGCCUCCUAGUCGAAUCAUGUGGACCUUUGAAGAAUCCAACUACUACAGGAAGAAACUGAUGCUGUAUAUGCUGACAUGAUUCACAAGAGACCAGCAUUAAAACCUCAGGACACACUAAAAUCUUAUAACCACUCUAUUGACUCUUUGUAACCACGUGGGUAGAACAUACCUGAUGGUUACACAGACACUCUAAUAAUCACACCAUUUCCUCUUUGUAACCACGUGGGUAGAACAUACCUGAUGAUUACACAGAGACUCUAAUAAUCACAGCAUUUCCUCUUUGUAACCUCGUGGGUAGAACAUACCUGAUGAUUACACAGAGACUCUAAUAAUCACACCAUUUCCUUCUUGUAACCGCGUGGGUAGAACAUACCUGAUGGUUACACAGACACUCUAAUAAUCACAGCAUUUCCUCUUUGUAACCUCGUGGGUAGAACAUACCUGAUGGUUACACAGAGACUCUAAUAAUCACACCAUUUCCUCUUUGUAACCACGUGGGUAGAACAUACCUGAUGGUUACACAGACACUCUAAUAAUCACACCAUUUCCUCUUUGUAAUCGCGUGGGUAGAACAUACCUGAUGAUUACACAGAGACUCUAAUAAUCACAUCAUUUCCUCUUUGUAACCACGUGGGUAGAACAUACCUGAUGGUUACACAGACACUCUAAUAAUCACAGCAUUUCCUCUUUGUAACCUCGUGGGUAGAACAUACCUGAUGGUUACACAGAGACUCUAAUAAUCACACCAUUUCCUCUUUGUAACCACGUGGGUAGAACAUACCUGAUGGUUACACAGACACUCUAAUAAUCACACCAUUUCCUCUUUGUAAUCGCGUGGGUAGAACAUACCUGAUGAUUACACAGAGACUCUAAUAAUCACAUCAUUUCCUCUUUGUAACCACGUGGGUAGAACAUACCUGAUGGUUACACAGACACUCUAAUAAUCACAGCAUUUCCUCUAUGUAACCUCGUGGGUAGAACGUACCUGAUGGUUACACAGAGACUCUAAUAAUCACACCAUUUCCUCUUUGUAACCACGUGGGUAGAACAUACCAGAUGGUUACACAGACACUCUAAGAAUCACACCAUUUCCUCUUUGUAACCUCGUGGGUAGAACAUACCUGAUGAUGACACAGAGACUCUAAUAAUCACACCAUUUCCUCUUUGUAAUCGCGUGGGUAGAACAUACCUGAUGGUUACACAGAGACUCUAAUAAUCACACCAUUUCCUUCUUGUAACCUCGUGGGUAGAACAUACCUGAUCGUUACACAAAGACUCGAUCUUAUAACCACACCAUUUAACCUCGUGGGUAGAACAUACCUGAUGGUUACACAAAGACCCUAAUAAUCACACCAUUUCCUCUUUGUAACCUCGUGGGUAGAACAUACCUGAUGGUUACUCUAAAGCUAAGAAUAUCAUUAUUUACUUUUGUCUCAUUGUCCCCUAGAUAUGAAACGCAGUGAUUAACAGAGAGCUAUUGGAUUAACCUAUGGUAAGCAAAAAAUGAAAAUAAUGUACAGUACCUUUCAACAUUUGCCUCAGUUUGCAAUUAGUUAAUACUAUUAUUGUCAGCAUUUCCAGUGUUUUGCAAUCCUUCUGAACAUCGGGAUAAAACUGUCUCUAGGAAGCCGGUCUCUCAGAAAAACAGUAGCUGGUCGUUUAUUACUCAAAUCCUCUUAUAUUAACUUUGCUAUGUUUUACCCAUGUUAAAACUGAGCAUAGGUGGCUAAUUUUGCUGCAGUACUUAGCUGGCUUUAAAAGCAUUUUGCUGGCUACUAAUGACAGCCUGGUACUUAUAGAAAAAAAGAACUAUUUCAAACUCACCAUGCAUUCUACAGUUGUACCCAAGAGAAUACCUGCAUGGGAUUGACCAUGUUUGGAUACAAAAGUGAUUAGGCCAAUUAUAUAAUUAUGCAACAACAGAAGUAACAACUUUACUUAAGAAUGAAAAUUCCCCUAGUCAGACAGUAGUACUUAAUCACAAAAUAUAUGCCUUGGUCAAGAAAUAGUAAAUGAAACAUAAGAGAUAAGAAGUGCGAUAGUACAGUGGAUAGUUGUGCCUCAGAGAAAAAUCCGGUCGCAGCUGGAAGCUUGAAAUAAACGACCCAAACUAAAGCAGCCAAGCCGCCGCCGCCCCCGCUCCCGCCCCCCCCCCCGCCCCAUACCAUAUCGUAGUGUCAUUAAUUUGUACUUAAAUCUCUCUUAACGUUGUAGUCCUGUUUUUAAGCUUUCUUCUGUAUCUGUAUCUAUGACUCGCGACACACCAAUGAGCUUUAUGAUUAAGUUAUGUUGCAUUAACAAUUAGGAUGAAGUAGCAUUCAUUUUCUCGCCUUACCUGUUUGUGUUAUUCUCGCCUGGCUGUCGCUUACGUUGAGAAAACAUUAACUGACCCUCUUAAACCAGUAGAUCGAAUCAUGUGCAAUGUAAUUAGUACGUAUCACAGUCAACUACUAGUCGAUAACAGUCGUCUUACUGGUCUCAUCUGUCUCACUCAGGACUCAGCAAAACUUCAAAACUUAGCGCGACUCAUGAGCAGCGGUCUCUCUACUUGUGCCCAGGCUCUGAAGGUUAAUUUUCCACGAGUGUUAACUUUCUUGUUUUGUUUAAAGGUUGCCUCAAGUUUUCCUGCAAGGUGCAAAUUACCAUUUGGCCACUCAGGUUUACGAAGAAUUCCUACCUUUUAUGCGGAAAGACAACAGCAACGAAGGAACUGGAGGUAGAAGGGGGAAGCCUUGCAUUGCACUCCCGCAAGGAAACCCUGUAGUGUCGGACGUAGGAAUUAAAGUUUGACAUUGUACUCUACGGGUAACAAAACCAACGGCUCUUUUAAGAGCCACCAGAUUUAUAAAGCGAUGGCCAACUGAGAUGCGGGUGACCUAAAUAAAAUCUGUCCAACAUAACUAACUCAUACAAAGUUUUCAUGUGCCGGAAUUUAUGAUUAGGUUCAAAAUGGGAGGAUAAGGGUAUUGACGAGAAAAUAAUGGAGACUUGACCCUUAACCGUCAAAAAGGGGAUAUGAAGUGCUUAGCAUUAAAACUUGCGAGAUUCCGCUCGAGAACGUUUGAUAUUGAUCAAUUAGUCAAACAAAGCCCCACACUCAGAACAAUCACAGAGCGACAUCUUACAGUGACCUUUGUUAUGCGAAUUCGUACACAAUAGAAAUUGAGAUGCAGUAAAAAUUCCACUACAAUUCCAAAGUUUAGCACGUAAUUGCCACUUUGAUCGGGUUCAAAACCAAGACUUGAGCUUCAAUGAAUGACUCAAAGAAAGAUAGAAAGCGACGCCGGCGAGAAUCAGCGAAGAACGAAGAUAGUGAGACCAGGAAGAAGCGUAACAGUCACUACAAAAAUUUAAGAAAACUUCAGAAGAAACGCCGAAAGGAAAGAAAGAAAGCUGGCGUUGCUGGAAAUGAAGGAAGGCAGGAGCAGAAGCCGCAAAACGCGAGUAAGCAGAACAGCGCAGAGGGUCAGGAUGCCAGAAAGAGAGAUUUCUCAAGAGGAAAACGACUGGUUUCUGCCGCUCUCAAUCGAAAUGCGGAGGAAAGCCGAACCAACAAACGUUUGAAACCUACAACGCAGACAGCUGGAGUUGCUCAGAACAUUGCUCAGUCAAGAAGCAGUACGCUCAAAGAAAUCAGCCCAUCGAAUUUAAGGCGAGUGAUGGGAUCAAAGCUCAUUGGAAGCGGUACUUUCGGCACGUGCUUCCUCGCAAAAUACCGUGAUAUCGAAGUUGUCGUUAAAGAAUACAAGGGCGCGUCCAGUUCCUCCACGGACAGAGGCUUCGAAAGGCGUAGGAAAGAGGCUACCCACGAGGCUAGAGUUAUACAGCAGCUAGGUGACCAUCCUGGAAUACCUCUUUUUGUUCGGGGUGGUCCUGCAACAACAGCCAGUCAGCAUCGUACUAAAGUUUCAUGGAAGCGGGGAUAA